GGAGGAACGAGAGGAGGAGGACCUAAGAAGCGAUACAAGAGCGUUUUUGUUACAGGUCAAAAGAAGAAGAAAGAGCUGAAGACCACAAGACAAGCUUCCUUAUUCUCAACGGUGCAUUAAAAGUGUGCGUGUUGCAACGCCUCGUGAACACCACUUCCCAGCCUGAACAAAGACUGCUGGAAGGACAACACCUCGCAGACACAUGCAUAUUAAUAGCUCCAUGGUGAGGCGUUUAUGCCCGAGCUAAAGUCCUACGUCACGGUGCUUGAAUGGGGGGCAGCAGAGGCCACUGGAUGAGGAGGCGACUUGCUUGAAAACAAGUUUUUCAUCAUAUAAGAAAAUGAGGUACUGCCAAUUGGUGCUUGGGCCUGCUGGCUCAGGCAAGUCUACUUACUGUGCAGCCAUUCAGAAACAUGCUGAGACUAUGAACAGAGUCAUCAGUGUAGUCAACUUGGACCCUGCAGCUGAGGCAUUUUCUUAUGAAACUUUGUUGGAUGUGCGAGAUUUGAUUCAGCUAGAUGAUGUCCUGCAAGCUGAAGACAUGGAUUUUGGUCCCAAUGGAGGGCUUGUGUUUUGUAUGGAGUACCUGCUGGAGCCAGAUGGGCUUGAUUGGCUCAAGGAACAACUUGGUGACUAUGAAGAUGACUGCCUCUUGUUUGACUGUCCAGGUCAGAUAGAACUCUACACACACAUGGAUGUCAUGAAGAGAUUAGUCCAGCAGCUUCAGGCCUGGGACUUCAGAGUAUGUGCAGUGUUUGUAUUGGAUGCUGGAUAUAUGGUUGAUGCUGCCAGGUUCCUCUCAGGGUCCCUCACUGCACUGGCCACUAUGGUGCAGUUGGAGGUUCCUCACAUUAACAUUCUAACCAAAAUGGAUCUGCUGAAUAAAGCAGCCCGAGAGCAGUUGGAACUAUUUCUGGAGCCAGAGAUCCAUGAACUGCUUGCCUCAGAACACAGCAUCUCCAGGUUUAACAAAAAGUAUCAGAAGCUAACUAAUGCUUUAGGAAAAGUUCUAGAUGACUUCUCCCUAGUUCGGUAUGUACCUUUGAACAUAAACAAUGAAGAGUCUCUAACAGACGUGUUGAUUCAAACUGACUUCGCUCUUCAGUAUGGGGAAGACCUUGAUGUCAGAAGCAAAGACUUUGAAUAUCCAGAUCCCGAAGACAGGGAGUGAAAUGUUUAUCUUGGGAAGUUUUUGUCCACCAAUACCACUGGUGUAACUAAUUGUUUUAUUCAUUUGUAUCAUAAAUAGGAUUCAUUAAAUAUUUUUCCACCUC